GGGUUCUCUGCGCCCAGGGGAUGGCGGAGGGAGAGGUAAACCAAGAUUUCAUUUUCAAAAUGGAAAGUCCUUCAGACUCAGCUGUGAUUUUACCGAGCACUCCGCGGGGUUGUGCCAAUCUACUAUCUCCCCCUACAAGCAGUUCAAGAAAACAACCUAUGAGUGCAACACUUAGAGAACGGUUAAGGAAAACUAGAUUUUCAUUUAAUUCCUGUUACAGUGUGGUAAAACGUCUUAAAGUAGAGAAUGAGGAAAACGAUCAGACCUUUUCAGAGAGACCAGCAUCUACAACAGAAGAAAGCUGUUCGGAAUUUCAAGAUAAUUUUGAACACAUAGACAGUGAAUUUGAAGAAAGUUCACAUCUGAAAAAUACCUUCAAGAAUAUCAAUGCAUGUGAAUCUAAGCCACUUGAUACUGAGUCUUGCAGUGGUCUGCAGAAUGACUUUGAUGAGAAUCGUCCCAAAAAAGAAUUAAAUGAAGAAAAGGCAAAAUUGGUGAGGCAGAUUCAGGAGAAAGAAGACCUUCUUCGGAGGCUAAAGCUAGUUAAAAUGUAUAGAGCAAAGAAUGACCUGUCUCAGUUACAGUUGUUAAUAAAGAAGUGGAGAAAGUGUAGCCAACUGGUGCUUUAUGAGUUGCUGUCAGCUGUAUCUGAGGACAACAAGAAACUCAGCCUUACUCAGUUGAUAGACCACUAUGGGUUAGAUGAUAAAUUGCUACACUAUAACAGAAAUGAAGAAGAAUUUAUAGGUGUUUAAUUCAUAAUUUUUUCUCCAGAAUAUCUUUGACAACUUAAAAAAUACUUAUAUAUUUUGAAGAUACAUAAACCAUUAGGGCUUAAAGAAAGUAUCUUGAUGAACAUUAAUUUAGGGUGCUCUGUUAGAUAAACAUAUAAGUUCUCAAAUGAAAAUUAGUAUUUCUGGAUAAGUUUCUCAAAGAAAAUUUAACAUUUAAAGAAAUGUGAAAAAAUUGUACUCAUGUUUUAAAAAAUAAAUUGGGUAGUUC